GCCACUUGACUUGAUCUCAUGUCAUGCCUGUCGAUUGUUGCUGCCCCUGAUGAAGGACGUUGCUAUAGUCAAACUCUGAAACAUAUGAUAUUUUCAAAGAGCUCACGUCGUCUUUUUAAAAAAUUUGACUUAAACGGCGACAUGUUCGAAAAAUGUGAUGAUGGAUUUGAGUGGUCGGUCGUGUUCACGCAGCAGGAUGAACCACAAAAUGGAACGAGAUAACCGCUGAGCGCGCGGAGAGCGGAGGACAGAUGGACGCGCGAUUCUCUCAAUACAGUACAUUAUCCAUUCCUGACGCAUAUUGGUUCAGGCUUCAGGUUACUUACUACAAUCAUGCAGAAAAGAAGAAACACAAUGGAGAACCCUUUAUACUGUUCAUCUCAAAACCAACACCAUGGAUGGAUUCAAGUCUCAGAUAUGAGCGGUCCUCCAGGGCACUGGAUGUCAUGUGGCCACCCGUGUGCUGAAUAUACUGUGUGGAACCCCAAGUUCUGUGUGGUCACAGACUAUCAGAUGCUACUGCUGGAUAAGGAGGAGAUCCACCCUCUGCUCCUGCAGGAGAAAAAAACUGACACCUGCAGAUCCAGACUGCUGCGCCGCACCAUCAGCGUUCCUGUAGAGACACAAUUCCCAGACUUCCAAUGCCACCUGUCAGUGGACAACAACUCUCCUCCUGAGAGGACAGGGCGUAGACGGAGCAUGCCAGGCUCCGCCCCUGAAAAAGCUCCACCCACAAUGGAGCCCUCUGCUGCUGCCACACCCUUCAAGGUCACAGGGUUUCUGAGCCGCAGGUUAAAAGGCUCAAUAAAGCGGACUAAAAGUCAGCCUAAACUGGACAGGAACAGCAGUUUCAGACACAUUCUGCCAGGCUUCAGACCUGUGGACAACGACAGGUCUCAUCUGAUGCCCAGGCUGAAGGAGUCACGCUCUCACGAGUCUUUGCUCAGUCCCAGCAGUGCAGUAGAAGCUCUGGACCUCAGCAUGGAGGAGGAGGUCAUCAUUAAACCAGUGCACAGCUCCAUCCUCGGGCAGGAUUACUGCUUUGAGGUGAGCACCUCCACAGGUAGCAAGUGCUUUUCUUGUCGUUCGGCCGCAGAGAGAGACAAAUGGAUGGAAAAUCUGCGGCGAGCUAUCCACCCUAAUAAGGACAACAGCAGACGGGUAGAGAACACACUCCGGCUUUGGAUCAUCGAAUCGAAGGACCUUCCGGCCAAGAAAAAGUACUUCUGCGAACUCUGCCUGGACGACGGCCUGUACGCCCGUACGACAUGCAAACUCAAGACAGAUAAUGUGUUUUGGGGUGAACAUUUCGAGUUCAAUAACCUCCCUGCCGUCCAAAACAUCACCGUGCACCUGUAUAGGGAUUCAGACAAAAAAAAGAAAAAGGACAAAAAUAACUACGUGGGAUUGGUGAGCAUUCCGGUGGUCGGCGUCACAAGCAGGCAGCUGGUUGAAAAAUGGUACCCGGUAAGCCAGCCCAAUCCGGGUAAAGGAAAAGCACCAGGACCCAUGAUCCGCAUCAAAGCACGAUAUCAGAGCAUGAACAUCCUGCCUAUGGAACUCUAUAAAGAGUUUGCCGAGUACACAACCAAUAACUACAUGCUGCUGUGCUCUGUGCUGGAGCCCGCCAUCAGUGUCAAGAACAAAGAGGAAAUGGCCUGCGCUUUAGUGCAUAUCCUGCAGAGUACCGGGAAAGCAAAGGACUUCCUGACGGACCUGAUGAUGUCGGAGGUGGAUCGGUGCGGCGAAAACGAGCACCUUAUCUUCAGAGAGAACACACUGGGCACUAAAGCUAUUGAGGAGUACCUCAAACUGGUUGGACAGAAGUACCUGCAGGAUGCAUUGGGGGAGUUUAUAAAGGCUCUGUAUGAGUCUGAUGAGAACUGUGAGGUGGACGCAUCGAAAUGUUCAUCUAGUGAUCUACAAGAACAUCAGAGCAACCUCAGAAUGUGUUGUGAGCUGGCCUUCUGCAAGAUCAUCGAAUCUUACCGUGUGUUUCCACGGGAACUUAAGGAGGUUUUUGCAUCCUGGAGACAGGAAUGUGGUAACCGGGGGCGACCAGACAUCAGUGAGCGGCUUAUCAGCGCUUCUUUGUUUUUGCGAUUUCUCUGUCCGGCUAUCAUGUCGCCUUCACUGUUCAACUUAACGCAGGAAUACCCAGAUGACCGAACUGCUCGCACACUCACCCUUAUUGCCAAGGUUACACAAAACCUUGCAAACUUCACCAAGUUUGGUAACAAGGAGGAGUACAUGUCCUUUAUGAAUCAGUUUCUGGAACAGGAGUGGACCAACAUGCAGCGUUUCCUGCUGGAGAUCUCUAACCCAGAGACCAUCUCAAAUACGGCAGGCUUUGAGGGGUACAUUGACCUGGGCCGUGAGCUCUCCACCCUGCACUCCCUUCUAUCUGAGGUGGUUUCCCAAAUGGACCAGAGUGCUGCGUCCAAGCUUGGUCCAUUACCCAGGAUACUAAGAGAUGUUCAUGCAGCGUUAACAAACCCACCAAACGUACAGAUGGGUGCUUCUACUGAUCGCGGUCCCUCCCCUCCCGGCCCGGGAUGUAGCAUCUCCACUGGAUUACAAAAGAUGUCUAUUGACAGUGACCUACCGGGCCCGGUGGACUUCACCCGUCUCCCUUCCCCAACCCCUGAAAAUAAAGACCUGUUCUUCGUCACACGGUCAUCUGGCCUUCAGGGCUCCCCUGCCCGCAGCUCCAGCUACUCUGAGGCCAACGAACCCGAACUGGGCUUAGCCAAUGGUGGCAAGAGUCUCUCCAUGGUAGAUCUCCAGGAAGCAGCCAGGGCAUUAGAACCCAUUGCCAUAUCGGCUGGGAUAACUUCAGAAGGUUUAGGUGAAGGUACCAUGGUUCCUUGGAACGCACGGACUCCUCAAGGAAAUGUCACUGGAGGUCCCACUCUUCAAAGGCCAGGACACACUCUUAAUACCACAGGAGCAGAAGGGGCACCAGGCAGGCCUACGCAGCUCCUAGCCCCACUAUCAUUUCAGAAUCCAGUAUACCAGAUGGCAGCAGGGUUGCCUGUAUCACCCCGGGGGACAGCAAGUGGCGAUUCGGGGUCUGAAUGUCACAGCUCCGUCAGUUCCCAUAGCAACAAUGAAGAAGGUUUUGGAGGAACCAAGCAUACCUUCCUUACCCAGCUUGGUGGUAUGGGGGAGGAGUUUGUGAGACGUUCUGGAGAUUUCUCAAGGAGACAGCUAUCGCUGACUGACGGUAACCAGCCUACGGUACCACGACAAAGUGCCGCUGGUCCUCAGCGGCGUAUCGACCAGCCACCACCUCCAACACAAACUGCACCCCGAGGACGUACUCCGCCUAAUCUGUUGAACUCCACCCCCUAUCCACGGCCUACUAAUAAUACUAUGAUGUCAUCGUCACCCGACUGGCCCGGAAGCGGUGCUCGGCUUCGGCAACAGAGUUCCUCAUCUAAAGGCGACAGUCCGGAAACAAAGCAUCGUGCCCAGCAUAAACAAGCCCCGUCCCCUGUGAACCCCAGUGCAUUGGACCGUACCGCUGCCUGGUUGAUGAAUGUGCCAUAUAUAGAGCAGGAGUCUGAGACAGAGCUUUGCAGAGAUGAGCAAACGCAAGCUGAGAAGUAUCAGGCUGAGAUUAGCAUGCUGCAGGACAGACUACGCAUAUCGGUUCAGAGGCUGGAGGAGUAUGAAGCCCGGCUGAAGGGACAGGAGGACCAGGCGCAGAAGAUGCUACUGGAGUACCAGACCCGGCUGGAGGAGUCAGAGGAGAGGCUUAGACGGCAACAGGAAGACAAAGACUUGCAGAUGAAGGGCAUAAUCAGCAGGUUGAUGUCUGUGGAGGAAGAACUCAAGAAAGAUCAUGCUGACAUGCAGGCAGUGGUUGACUCCAAACAGAAGAUCAUUGAUGCUCAGGAGAAACGAAUAGCAUCUCUGGAUGCGGCUAACGCGAGGCUAAUGAGCGCCCUGUCGCAGCUGAAGGAGCGUUACAGCAUGCAGACGCGCAACGGGAUCUCUCCCACCAACCCCACCAAACUUCAAAUCACAGAGAACGGAGAGUUUCGUAACAGCUCCAACUGCUGAAUACAUCCUAAUGAGAGCGUGAAACAUGCACACACACACACACACAGAGAGAGAGAGAGGACAGAAUGAAGUAAGAGGACAUAGGCAAGUGUGUAGAUAUUUUGCGGGAAGCAAUCCAGGAGAGGCUUUACGAGUGGACAGAUACAGGACACGUCAACCUUUAACAGCUGGUUAACUGAGUCCACUUGAAACAACUGUUGACACUACUUCAUUUUAGGACACACCACUAUACAUUCAUUUAUAAAUCACAGCAGCUAACUUUCAAAAACUGUGGUAUACUAAGGCCUUCUAGCCUGCAGUUUCCUCCUAAAGUAUCUUUACUUGCUACAAAAUAGGUGUUCUCUAUACGUCCUUUGAAAAACCUUGAUUGUGUGUGUUGCGUUUAUUUAUAAUGGUUUCUUCAUUGGAAACCUGGCUGAAACUAAAGAAUGAGCAACUCUCCGAUUAGGACACUUCCUGUUUCUAUUUCUGCCAGUUUGUCCCUACAGUGCACUUUGUAUCUCCAUCAUGAGAAGCCUUAAAAAUGAAUGGCUCUGAACAUUCUUGCUCAAAUUUUUUUUAGUAAAGAUAAAAUAUUAUGAUGUAGUAUAUAGAUCCAACCCAUUUUCAUGAUGCGCGUAUAAAUAAUAUGCUGUGUGAAAAGUCGCGCAAUUGGUUUUCUAUUUUUUUACCAUUGUCGCUUGGGGUUGGGGUUAGAAAACUUUCUGUUACAUAUAAUGACAUCCUAACUCAAAUCCCAAAUUGAACCUCAACUCCAAGCGACAAUGGUUUAAAGGAACACGCCGACUUUUUGGGAUUUUAGCUUAUUCACCGUAUUCCCAGAGUUAGAUGAGUCCAUACAUACCCUUUUCAUCUCCGUGCGUCCCGUAACUCUGUCUGAUGUACCCACCGCUAGCCUAGCUUAGCACAAAGACUGAAAUUAAAUGGCUCCAGCUAGCAUACUGCAGAAUAUAGUUCCCAGUAUGUAUACGGUUAAAAGAUGGCUGUGUCUCAUAUGACCUUGUUAUUUGUACACAAUGUGACUAUACAUAUCAUAUAAACAUAUAAAUAGGAAAAUGUAGUACACUAGAUGUCGCCUUGGCUACGGCAGUUCAUUGGACCGAAUGCGUCAAAUAGAGCCGCCAUCUUGAAACAGGGGAGCCCUGCAUCAGCGUCAAAUAAAAUCACCAUAAAUCGUCAUGAAUGCGAUUUUCUAGGUUUUGUUUUGGUUCGUUCCAACAGUCAGACAUGUAUUUAGCAUUGAGUCCAGAAAAAAAUAAAAGUUUUGAUAUUAUGAAAAUCUACUUUUUCUAACUAUAAUGCAUAGUGCUAGUAGGCCUAACAUCCAUACGCAGCACAAAAGUCCGGCAUCGUCCAUGAAUUCGAAGUACAGGCGGAGAUAGCAGCGUUACCUAGCUACUUCCUAUGACAAGACCCCUGUUUCAAGAUGGCGGCGGUUUUGACGCAUGCUUAGAACCCCAAGGCGACAUCUAGUGUAUAUAUCUAUGACUUAUUGGGAGCAGUAUGCUAGCUGGAGCCAUUUAUUUCCAGUCUUUGUGCUAAGCUAUGCUACCGGUGGGUGCGUCAGACAGAGCUGUAGGACGCACGGAGAUGAAAAGGGUAUGUAUGCACUUAUCUAACUCUGGGUAUACGGUGAAUAAGCUAAAAUCCCAAAAAGUCGGCGUGUUCCUUUAACAAUAAAGAAAAUUUUGAGAAACCAAUACAUAUAACAACAUGAAUGGGAAGGACUGGCAUAUCACAAGCACGCAAAAUUGGAGUUUUUGGCGUAUGUAUUGCACAACUUGUGUGCUAUUUAUACGCACAUCAUGAGAACGGGUAGAUAGAUCACACAAAGAAUAUAUUUUGCGUUCUCCAUCAACACAUUUUCCCUCUUUUAAGAAUGUUUUACCUCAGUUGCUUGGAGGAAGAAUUUUCAAUGACAAAUAUUUCGCAUUGUAAUGUUAAUCCAGAUCCACUAUAUUAUUCUAAGACUGAAUUCGCACAGACUGUUCAGACUAAGCAAGCUGAAUGUUUAAGCUUUUCUAGCUUCAUGGUUUAGAGUUUUGUCUUUAUUUAUUUUAUCCACAAUGUUUGGGAGACAGUUUUGCAGUGAUUUUUCCCCUCUGUGAAGCUUGUUGGUCUCACUCACAUCCCAUUUAAUGUUCUCUCUUUUUUUUUUAAGUUUUUUUGUGUAUCCAUUGCCUCAUUAGUCCCGUGCACACUUGCCAUUUCAGCAUUUAGAGUUUGUAUAUUUUUGUAUUCUUUAAAAAAACAUUUAUUAUGCUCGGCACUGAGGAACUGAAUUUUACCCUGAACUUGAUUUUUAUUUUUGUUCGUCUAUGUGGAAAAGAGAUUCACGAUAGGUCUUUAUUUUGUUGCAAAGAUAUACAGAUAUGUAAGUUGGGACAUGUAAAUAGAAAUGUUAUUUUUUUCUGACAGGCCUAUUUUUAAGGAGACCUCUGUAUAUGGGCUCUCCGGGAGUGUUAUGUGAAUAUAAUUUAAGAUUAUAUAAGCGAAUCCUAAGGCGACUCCAGAGUGAAUGACAAUGUUACAUUUUUUAUAUGUACAGUAUGAUUUAUAUCUGAAAUGUGGUAUAAGACGGAAAGGCACCAAUGUAGGUGGAGGAUUUACAAGCACAAGCUGCUUCUGAAAGGCCUCUGAGGACUAUGCACUUUUUCUCCUGACUGAAGUCCUCUGUGUCCACCUUAGGUUUACAUCCUCCAUAAAGUAGCAAGCUCAUAAAUAAGCCACUCUCUUACAUCCUAGCCCUCAUUUUAUUAUGAUUUAUAACACUGUGGCCAAAUUAUAUGUAGCCAAAAGUGACUUGCCAUGUGAAUUUGCUAACUAUUGAUUGGACUGUCAAAUACCUCAACCAAUCACAUGCCCUUAAUUAUGAUCUCUUCAGCACAUAAAUCAGCAUACAUUCAUAUUUAUUUGAUCAACAAUAAAACUCAAUUGGGUAUAGCGUGUGGUUGCCAAAAAGGGAACAAGUAUUUAUUUCUCACAUUUCCCCCACAGAUACAGCUCAUUAAUGAGGUCUGAGACCUUGCAGAAUCUUUAUAUCUAUUUACACUUCAGCCACUAGCAAGUCCAAAAAAAGUAUUGAAUAAAAAAACGAUUUUGCUGUCGUCUCGGUUGUUUUCAUCUAACGUGUCUUUAUCCGGCUUCUGUUCAGUUUAGAAAACUUGUAAAAACUAUUUGCUCAUCUAUUUUACAGCAGUCAAUGUGAAAUAGUAGCUAUAUGGAAUAAAUCGUAUAAAGAUAAAAAGAUAUACAAAGCUAUCAAUGAAUAAACAAUAUGUUGUAUGUUUUAUAAUCCUUGUAGAAAAGAUUUUUGUAAGUAUGUUUAAAGUAUUGGCUGAACGUUGUUUUAGGGCAAUUAUAAGAACAAUAAUGUACAGAGACGUUUGUCCAUGUUAAGACUAUACAAUUGUGGCUGUGCAAUUUAUGUACAUUUGCAACUAGAAUAAUUAAAGUUUUAUUUAGUUAUUUCAUA